CACAGCUCUCCUGACAGCCGACAGUGGCGAGCGGCUGCUGCAGAGUCAGGCUGGUGGUCCUGACAGGUUCGCUCGCCCUUCCGUCGGGGCCCGUCGGCACAGCCCUGUCGCUUCUGUCACCAGCAGCCGGGCCGACAUGUGCCUAUGACCAUGGAGAUGAAGGACUCGGGCAGCGUAGUCCUCACAGCCUACCAUCCCCACAGCCCGGCCAGGAUACCGGCCAUGGAGCAGAGUUUUCUACAGGAUAUCCCUCCCAGCCAUUCACCCGCCAGCAGAAAGUCCCUCUCUCGUUGUCGAAGAAUUAACAGGAUGCUUUCAAAUGAGUCAGCACCUCCUCCUACAUUCAGUCGCUCCAAUUCGCAGGCCUCCAUGGACAGCACUUCCAUGGAGGACUUUUGGUGUGAAGUGGAGAGCAUCAAGGAGAGCAGAGAAGAUGGAUCUGAUGAAGCAACAGUCUUGGAGUUCAAACCUGCUGAUGAAGGGGAACUGGAGGCAGAAUGGCUGCAAGAUGUAGGCUUAUCUACACUGAUCUCUGGAGCUGAAGAGGAGGAUGGCCAAGCUCUGCUGUCCACUCUGACCAGAACUCAAGCUGCUGCUGUACAGAAGAGGUACAACACCUACACUCAGACCCUGAGGAAGAAGAACAAGCACACAGUCCGGGAUGUGCGAGACAUCUUUGGCACCAAUGACUCUUCUCUCACAUUUGAGACAGUUCCAGUGCCACCAGUUCCUUCUAACGGUAUCCAGCUCCCUGGGCAGAAGGCAGUUUGGAAAUCAGUUACCUCUAAUAGCUGUCUAGACUGCGGACUAGAUAAAGGCAGCCCAUCCGUAACAGAAGAGCUCUCUUAUGAGGUCUCUUUCUCAGAAUCCAUUACAGUCCUUCCAAAAACUCAAGAGUGGCCAAAAAAUCAGAGGUUCAAAAAAGAAGACUCGACUUUGCCUAAAUUCGUUGUUCGGAAAAGCCGGUUUGGACUGACAGAGGUUGGAGACCUCUCCCCUGAAGACAUGAAGAAGAUCCGCUACCUCUCCCUGAUUGAGCUAACAGCCUUCUACGAUGCACUGGGGGUGGAACUGAAGAGGAACCGUGCAGAGAGAGUGCGGGGACGAGAGAAUGGUCUUUUUGGAGUCCCUCUCACUGUGCUGCUGGAGAACGAUCAAAAGAAGGUUCCCGGAAUAAAAGUUCCCCUUAUCUUCCAAAAAUUGCUGCUCAAGCUUGAGGAAACAGGUUUGGAAACUGAAGGAAUUCUACGGGUUCCUGGAUCUGCCUCCAGAGUCAAG